AUGGAUUUGCGUAAACAGAUGUGGACUGUGCUAGCAGUGCUUUCUCUUAUCGUUCAAUAUUCUCAGGCCAAAGUCCCCUGGGAAGUCCAACGAUAUGACGGCUGGUAUAACAACUUAGCCUAUCACAGUCGAGGGGCUGUUGGUUCCCCCUUGGUCCGCCUCCUGCCCGCGCGCUACUCUGACGGGGUCCUCCAGCCGCUCCAGGAGCCACAGCUCCCCAACCCGCGCAGGGUCAGCGAUGUGACGGCCAGAGGCCCCUCGGGCCUACCCUCUGCACAUAACCAGACUGUACUCUCUGUAUUCUUCGGGUACCACGUUGUAUUUGAGAUCCAGGACUCCCGUCCUCCCGGCUGUCCUCCGGAAUUUAUGCACAUCCCUGUCCCAGAGGGAGACCCAGUCUUUGACCCCAACCGUACCGGCCAGGUCCUACUGCCAUUCCAGAGGGGGCCCUGGGAAAAACACUCCAGCCAGAGCCCCAAUAACCCCCGCACUCAGGUGAACCUGGUGACAGCGUGGCUGGACGGCAGCUCUAUCUACGGCCCGUCUAGUUCCUGGUCUGACGCCCUGAGGAGUUUCUCUGGAGGUCUCCUAGCCUCCGGGGAGCAGUGGGACAUGCCCAAGAGGAGGGGGGGCAGUAACCUCAUGUGGAGCGCUGCUGAUCCCUCCACUGGUCAACAUGGACCUGAGGGACUCUAUGAGUUGGGUAACGGCUGGGGCAACGAGAAUGUGUUCACCAUGGCCGAGGGGAUCGUGUGGUUUCGCUACCACAAUUACAUCGCCUCCCGGCUGCGUGAGAAACACCCGUCGUGGUCUGACGAAGACCUGUUUCAAAGCGCCAGGAAGGCCGUGGUCGCCACGUUCCAGAAUAUUGCAUUCUAUGAAUGGCUGCCUGGAUUCCUGGGGGAAAAGACAAUGUCUCCAUACCUAGGCUACCAGAAGUUUGUGGAUCCAGGGAUCUCACCUGAGUUUCAGGCAGCUGCCAUACGUUUUGCCUCUACGAUGGCGCCCCCUGGUGUCUUCAUGAGGAACAGAACUUGCCACUUUCAGAAGGUUGUCAACGCCGAUGGGAGCACGUCGCCAGCCAUUCGCCUGUGUAACAGCUUCUGGAACCGGCAGAACCCCAACCUGAAGUCCGGACAGGAUAUAGACCAUCUGAUUAUGGGCAUGACCUCGCAGAUCGCAGAGAGAGAGGACAACGUCAUCGUGGAAGACUUAAGAGAUUAUAUGUACGGGCCUCUGCGUUUCUCACGGUCGGACUUGGUGGCUCUGACGGUGCAGAGAGGCCGAGACUUUGGCCUGCCCAGCUACAACCAGGUCAGAGAGGGGCUGGGCCUGGUCCCUGUAGAGAGGUGGGGAGACGUAAACCCUCAGCUCAACACCACCAACCCACAGCUAUUCAGGGACCUUGCAGACCUGUACCAUGGGGACAUUUCUAAACUGGAGUUGUUUCCUGGAGGUCUCCUAGAGUCUGUGGACGGUCCUGGUCAGGUCUUCUCCUCUAUCAUACUGGACCAGUUUAACCGCAUCAGGAAUGGCGACCGCUUCUGGUUCGAGAACACACAGAACGGUCUGUUCACAGCUGAGGAGCUGCAGGCCAUUCGCAACACAACCUUUCAUGACGUCAUUACAGCGGUCACCGGCGCGGAAGCUGAGGACAUACAGAGAAGAGUCUUCUUCUGGAAGGAUGGUGACCCUUGUCCCCAGCCCUCUCAGGUCACGACCUCUGAGCUCCACCCCUGCACCAACGCCACCAAGCUCAACUACUUUGACGCCGGAAGUAAAGCUGGCUUCGGCAUCCUAGUCAUCUGCCUGUUCCUCUUUCCCGUUGUGAGCUUCCUCAUGGCUCUCGUGGUGGCCUACUUCAGAAAGUCCAAGUUUAAGAAGUUCCAGAAGAGAGGAGGAGCUAACGACACAACAAAGGAACCCGCUGCUGGAAUCACAGCCUGUGAGUGGCAGGGCCCUAAGAAGCCCUUACGUCCAGUCAAUCUGUUGGUGGAUGAUAAGAGGAGACUGCAGGUGUUUGACCAGUCUGGACCCGCUCAACGGUCACUCAGCCUUGGUUCCCAGACCCACCUGGACGUCCUGCUGUCCAGUGACUAUUAUUGCAGGGCUCUGCUGAUGAAAGUACCCAAAGAGUAUGACCUGGUGCUGUACUUUGAGGAUGAGGGCCAGCGUGGAGAGUUUGUCCGGUAUCUUCGCUCUGAGGUGACAGACGGUGGACAGGAGCUGGCGGUGAGGGAUAUGACAGAGAAGGAGAUACUGAGAGAGGCAGUGACCAGAGACCAGAGGACUCAGAUAGUUGAGACCUUCAUCAGGAGUGCCUUUGCCAAGGUCCUGGAGAUAGAGAGGGCUGGUGUCAGAGACCUGAGUGGUGCGUCCUGUAGGAAGACCCGGGAAGCCCUGCAGACUGAGCUGACAGGAACUGAGUUUGCCGACGCUCUGGGACUCAAACCGGACUCGCUCUUUGUCGACUCCAUGUUCACGCUGGCCGACAAGGACGGAAACGGAUACCUCUCCUUCCAGGAGUUCCUCGAUGUCAUUGUCAUUUUCAUGAACGGUUCACCAGAGGAAAAAUCCAAACUGAUGUUCUCAAUGCACGACGUUGACGGAGACGGUUUCUUAUCAAAAGAGGAAUUCUCCGGACUACUUCGGUCAUUCAUAGAGAUCUCCAGCAGCCUCCUGUCUAAAGGCCAGGCUGAGGAGGCUAUCCAAGCCAUGCUACAGGCCGCGGGCUUCAACGACAAGGAGCAGAUCACCUGGGAGGACUUCCACUUCUUGCUCCGGGACCACGAGAAGGAGCUGAAAUUUGCCCAGCUCAACAUUAAAGGGAUGGAGAAGGAGGGAGGAAACAGACUGAGUCGAAACCAACGUGUAUCUUUCAUCACCCCAGAGAGGAACGGCUCGCCCUUAGAAGGGGACACGCAGUUCUCCAGCAGCCUGGGGAAAGACGGACAAGAGCUUCGUAGACGACAAGGGAAAAGGUAA